UGGCUUGCAAUCUUGCUAGCUAGUGUGCAAUUAUGCAAGUAAACGAGGAGUGUUAAAUCCAACACCUGACACAAAGGAGGAUGAAGAUGAAACAUAUCAAUGGAUGAUAUGUUAGAGUUAAGUGUUAUAUCCACUGAGAAACACCAAAACCAAUAGUAGUAGUCAUAGUAGGUUCAGGGUAGGGUUGAAUCAAACACACUAACACAAUGAGCUUGUCUCUUAUUCAAGGCUAUUCUUCCGCCGAAGAAGACGACCAAGACCAAAUCCAACCCCACAAUUCCGAUGUCGAAGAUUCUGACGAUGAUGGCGCUGCCGGCGAACCCUCCGCCGCAGACCACCCUUCUCUGGGGGACAGAUCCAUCUUCGACCACCGUCCCAAUCCUCCUUCUGCCUCCGGUCUUCCUUCUGCAUUCGACGUAUUCUCCGAAAUUUCAGGACCGCCCCAAUUUCUGAACAACAGCGUGGAAGAGUACAACAACAACCCUGCAAGAGAUUCUGAUCUGCAACAACAAGGGAGGCAUGCCACUAGGAGGCAGCGCAGGGAGAAGAAAGAUAUACCCACAGGUGCGGUGGUAGAGGCAAAAGCUCAACUAGUUGGGAUUCAUGAGCGAGUAAGAAGUGACAUCAAUGGUGGUCAACCGCCAAUAUCAACUGCCUCGGGCGCAUCAGAAGGAGGCAAGCGGAUGCCAACUGCAACAAAUCCUAAUGCUGAAGAUGCUGCAGAGCUUUUGAGAAUGUGCUUGCAAUGUGGGAUUCCCAAGACCUUCUCAAGUGAACGUGGAAUGGUCUGCCCUGUAUGUGGUGAUCGCCCUCCAAAGGAUACCAGCACCGAGUCCAAGAAGAAAGGAUCAACUAUCAAGGAUAAGGAAAAAUCUAAAAGGAUGAAGGGCCAAUCAUCCCAUGCAUCCUGGAAAAGUGAAACUGAGAUGCAAUUAAGGCAACAAUUUGAUUAGCAUUAUCUUUGUCUCUUUGUAGUUUCAGAUACCUGGUAUAAUGUGACGUGUUCAGGACUAUGCUGUUAAUUAGACAAACUUUGUUGUUAACAAUGAUUACGGUAUUAUAUUAGUAAUUUUUGAGUUUUGUUCUUUUAGGGAGAGAAAUCUCUUUUGGCUGUCGUAUCUAAACAACGCUACCAAAACUGUCCCUUGGUUGAGUAUCAUAGACAUUAUUAUUAUUAUUAUUAUUUUGACGUUUCU